GAAUUACAUACCUCCUCAGGUAUCAAUACAUACCUAGCAAUACCGUUACAGAUAGCAACUCUGGACCCAGAAAGCUUGCAGUUGGAGCCCACCUACGUCGUCUAUGAUAAGGAAAGAACUACUAAAUUUCUAACGAGAUUACCACUCUCCACGAUCGCUUCCUUGCAUAUCAUAAUCGAGCCCCCGGUCCACUCUCACAUCAGCUCCAGUUUCCCCGACUCCACCACUGGCCCGUCCUUUCCAUCUUUUCAGGGAUUAAGAGCGAUAAAACAUACGCCUUUGGCCCGUCUGAGACAAUGGCGUCUACAAACUAUAACCGUCACCCACUGCCUGCUCCGCCGCCGCCGCAACAGGGUCAGUAUAACACCGACGAAUCUUACCAAACACCCGUUCCACCACAAUACCAUUAUCAACAGUACCAGCAACAGCAGCGGCAACAACAGCAACAGAAACAGCAGCAGCAGCAGCAACAGCAAUUUCAACAACAGUCAACGCAGCCGGCGCCGCCAGUGAAGCCACUACAGUCCGAACCGCAAAAGCCAGAGCGAGCCAGACCCAAGUCCAGAGCUUUUAGUUUCCGAUCAGAAAAAUCUCGAAAGAGCGCAGAGAGCCAUCAACAAAAGGUUGAUCUUCACGAGACAUCUGCCGAGAAGGAAGCAGGGAGACUUCACGGCAAAACCAACCCGAUGUUGGCAUUAACGGAAUCCGAGCCAUCUAUGGCGGCCCAAAUCAGGGGGGAUAUUAAUCCAACUCCCCUACGAUCCUUCCAGCAUAAGGAUAUCUAUGGAAAUCCCAUUACCGAUCCCGAUCGAUCGAAUCCCACUCGAAGUCGAUUUGAACGACCACUUGAAACCAUUCGAGCGUUCGAGGCCGUUAUCGAGGGCGGAUAUAGUCGCCAAUCUAUGAUGAGAUCGGAGUCAGAGUCAGUUGGAGACUGGAGCAGAAGAGGCAGCUACUAUGGCAACAAUGGGCCGCGUUUUCCACAGGAUAGCUACUACGGAGGGCGAUCGAAUUCAGCAUUCCGACCGGAGAGCACGAUGUAUGAUAACAGACAAUCGGUGAUGAUGAACGGCCCGAGGGAUACCUAUCACGAUGCGAAUGAAGGCGGGGGAUACACAUAUAACAAUAAUGUUGGCGCAAGGAAUAGGUUUUCGCGGAUGCAGUCGGAACCAGCUGUAAGCGGUCGUGGAGGUGGACCUGAUAGGAGUGUCUAUCCUAUGCCAAAUAAUCAUCGAUCUUACGAAACGGUGGCGUCUGGCUCUGGAAGUGGAAGCUUAGGUGAACCUGCAGGAUACCAAACAGACCCGACCAGUAGCGAUAACAGUUCAAUCGAUCGCCGAUCACCACCGAAACGACAGGAACCUACCAACGACUAUGGCAUCAGUUUCGGCCAGCCGCAACCCCCGACUCUUGGGCUUGGUGCUAGCCCUCUGGGACAAUCGGCCGUUCCGCGCAAGGAGACAGGAUCUUUAUUAAGGAAGCCUUCGAAGUCCGCACAGCCCAGCACACACGCACAAGAACGCCCGAAAUCCGAGAAGCGAAAGAGUUGGUUCAAGCGAUUUAGCAAAUCCUAAACGCGCCUCCGACCGAGACUGAGACGAAUUGAUGGCAUCUGUGAUGCAGCUGUUUUUUGCCGUUUAUCCUUCGAGAUACCCUGGUAUCUACGAC